AUGCUCGCGGCAGCCUCCUCUUUCUUUGGACGAACAAACAUCUCGCAGUCGUACACGAUUGGCUCGGGCUCCAUUCUCAGUCGGACAUCAACUCCCACACCGUCGUCGUCGGGCACAUCGUUGCCUGCUGCCGUACAUGCGCCGCCGUUCAACGUCGGCCCCUGGCGUGUACAGCCUGCUGUUCACAAGGUGACUAGCAAGCGUGUCAGUAUCUGGAGUGCGGACAAGAGGGCGCCGGAGAUGGAGAAAAUGGGCCCAACUUCGAAGGAGCGAUACUUCGAAGUGUUGAAGGCAGAGGCACAAUCACUUUCAAAGCUGCGCCAUCCCUCAAUAUUAGAGAUGGUUGAACCUCUUGAGGAGACUCGCAAUGAGCUAGUUUUUGCGACCGAGCCGGUGUUGUCCUCCUUGCACCUAUCAAUUCCCGGGUCAAUACAGUACAGUCCCUUAGUGGAGCUCGAUGAGGUUGAGAUCCAAAAAGGAAUUAUACAGCUCUGUAAAGGUCUUGUGUUCUUGCACUCCUCAGCGCGACUUAUUCACACGAACAUCAAUCCGGAGAGCAUCAUCAUAAACAAUGCGGGUGACUGGAAGAUUUCUGGGCUCGGCCUCACGAUUCCGCUCAGCCGACCGGAUGGCCAACCCUCUCGCUGGGAAUUCCCUGCUUUCGAUGGCCGCAUACCCCCGUAUACGCAGCGUUCGUUUGAUUAUAUCGCUCCCGAGUACGCCUUGGACGAGGUACUGGAUCCUGCAUCUGAUAUGUAUUCGCUCGGAUGCUUGAUAUAUGCGGUACAUUGCAAAGGCACCCCGCCAUUCAAGAGCCACGGCAGCUUGGGCGCCGUACGCGAGAACGCGGGAAAGCCCUUGACGGGAUUGGAUCGCCUGACAGACUUGAGAGAACUACUUAAAUCUCUCAUAACAAGACAUGCACAAAAUAGACCUUCACCUACGACGCUACCGUCUCAUUCAUUCUUCUCCUCCCUACCCAUCUCCACUCUUAAUUUCCUCGAUCGCUCCAAUUUCGCCGCCAAAUCUCGGGAGGAGAAGAUAUCUUUCAUGAAGGGUCUGACCAGCGUGUUGGAUCGGUUUUCGGAAGGCCUACGUACAAGGAAAAUCCUUCCUUCACUUCUGGAGGAGAUGAAAGACACGCAACUCUUGCCGUAUAUUCUUCCCAAUGUCUUUGUGAUAUCGCAGAUUUUGUCGCCACCGCAGUUCGCCUCGCUCGUACUGCCCAGCCUCAAGCCCUUGUUCGCGAUCAAAGAGCCGCCACAAAAUAUGAUCACGUUAUUGGAUAAUCUACAGAUGUUGCAGAAUAAGACUGAGAAGAGUGUCUUCAGAGAGCACGUCCUGCCACUCGUAUACAACGCCUUAGAGUCCGAACACACAAUUGUGCAAGAGCGUGCGUUGAAAGUUGUGCCUGACCUCUGCGACACGAUCGACUACGCAGAGGUGCAAGGUGUACUAUUCCCGCGCGUUGCUCUCGUCUUUACCAAGACUCGGAUACUCUCCGUGAAGGUUGCAACCUUGAUCACAUUCAUGAGCAUGGUGAAGACGCUAGAUCAGACCAGUCUAACUCAGAAGCUUGUGCCGCUACUGGCCAAGAUCAGAACCAGAGAGCCCGCAGUGAUGAUGGCUACACUUUCUGUUCAUGAAGCAAUGGGUGUGAAGGUAGAUCGUGAAGCGGUCGCGACAUUGGUUCUACCCCAGCUCUGGGCCAUGUCUAUGGGGCCCUUACUCAGCGUCUCACAAUUUAAGCGAUUUAUGGAGGUGAUUAAGAAGCUGGGUGACCGUGUAGAGAAGGAACACGACCAGUACCUCCGUGACUCGCAGCGGAUUGAAGACCGAUCUGCGACACCUAUCAACGGGAUCACGACGCAGGCAGUCGCCGGCGGAAUGGAUUUCGAGAGCUUAGUUGGCAGUGGCGGUGCUACGACUGUCAAAGCUGAUACAGUCAUUGACUCACCGAAAGGCUGGGAUGACGAUGUCUGGGGGAGUAUAUUUAACAGUGCGGAGGUAUGUCAUACGUACCCACCGACAAUUGCAAGCUCCCCAUUGGCACCACCUGCGCAGCCUCAGGUCCAUUCGCAAUCUGCGUCAUCAUCUCCUCAACUGUCGUCCGCUGGAUCUUCCAGACCUUCGCCUGUCUCUAGGUCGAGUCGUGGGCUUGGUAUCACACCACUGCCCGCCCCCCCAUUCAACUCAACGGCAUUUGCGCAGACGCAAAGCAGGCCGCCCCAGAGUGGCCCCAUGCGCCCAUCCUUGUCUACUUCGUCGCCACUAGCACCCCAGGUACCUGCGCAACUACUGCAGCCUUCCCAGACAAUCUCCGCACAAGCUAACGGGCCAAACUAUAAUAUAUCGCUACCUCCCGCUCCUUUCGUGCCCUCUGCGCCCAUGGUACCAAACGCGCCACUGCAGCCGGUGAUGCCGCUGGUGUCCUCGCCACCUCUAUUCGCCGCGCCGAGCGUAGGGGGUGUCUUGACACCUUCAAGACCCACACAACCCGCUUGGUCUGGUAAUAACACUGGACCAAAACAACUAUCGAAGGCCGACUGGGGCGAUUUCGAUCCUCUAGCAUGA